AUGGAUCGUUAUGCAGUUACAGUUUGUCACUCGUAGUGAACUCCCGUGGAAGUGAAAACAUGAGCUGAUCGUUGUUGAAAAGUGACAUUAAUUUGCUUUCGCCAGGGCAAAACAUGAAACUAAUCGAACCUACGUCGCGUUUGCGACGCAACCGCUGGUUGCUUAUCUGCGUGGCAGGUGUGAGUGCAAUAAUACUACUUACCUGCUAUCACCGUACGAUGAGCGCAAGGCUCGACAACAUUCAGGUGCAGCUGCUCGAAGAAACGUCAGUUUCAACUAUCAGCGGACCGGACUUAUUUGAAACUCCCAGCUAUGAGUUAGAUCCGAAACUACUUAGUCCCCCGCCAGGAGAUAUGGGUGCUGCGGUAAUAUUGCCCGAUGAUUUACCGCAAGCGGCAAAAGACCUGUCGGAUAGAGAGUUCAAGAUGGCAGCCAUGAACGAGUUCGUUAGCGAUCUAAUUUCGGUGCACCGUCGAUUGCCGGACUAUCGGGACGAUUGGUGCAAAGAACCUGGUCGGUUCCUCGCCCAUCUGCCGCAAACCUCGGUGGUGAUAGUUUUCUACAACGAACCGUGGUCGGUGUUGGUCCGAACCGUUCACUCCGUGCUCGAUCGGUCCCCACCGCAGCUGCUGCGAGAAGUGCUGCUAGUAGAUGACUGCUCCUCUCUGCCACAAAUAAAAACGCAACUGGAUGAGUAUUUUGUCAGCUAUCCAAAGGUACGAAUCUUGCGGGCGACCGAACGUCUAGGUCUGAUCAAAGCACGCCUGCUGGGUGCGAAAAAUACGACUACUGAGAUUAUAACUUUCCUUGAUGCACACUGUGAAUGUACCGCCGGAUGGUUGGAAGCCCAGUUGGAUCGGGUGGCCCGGAGUUCGACCACGAUAGCUCUGCCGGCGAUCGACUGGAUCGAUGAGCAUAACUUCGCGUAUAUUUCGAACAAAUCGCUCUCUUACUACGGUGCUACCGACUGGGGCUUCCAGUUUGCUUGGCGAGGACGCUGGGACCGUAAGGUGCAACCGGCAAAUCGGCUCGAACCGUUCGAGACUCCCAUCAUGGCCGGUGGGCUGUUCUCCAUCAAUCGUACCUUUUUCGCUCAUCUCGGGUGGUACGACGAGGACUUUGGAAUCUACGGUGGUGAGAAUGUGGAACUGUCGCUUAAAGCGUGGAUGUGCGGUGGCUGGUUGGAGACGGUUCCCUGCUCGAGGGUUGGUCACGUCCAGAAGGCGGGUCAUCCGUAUUUGCGCGAUUAUAAGACCGACUGGGUGCGGGUUAAUACGGUACGGGUCGCCGAGGUUUGGCUCGAUCAGUAUGCCCAGGUGGUGUACGAUAUGUUUGGUGGGCCCCAGUUUCGGGGGGACUUUGGUGACGUUUCGGCCAGGAAGAAACUGCGACAAAGCUUGCAGUGUAAGACCUUCAAGUGGUAUCUGGAGAAUGUCUUUCCGGAGUUGGAAGAUCCCGCUGGACACGGAGUAGGUCAUGGAAAGUUUAGAAACGCAGCAACCGGAGAUUCAUUAUGUCUUCAAUAUCCGCGAGCAGAUGGAACUGCGGGAUUGCAACGCUGCCGGGCAGCCAAAGACCCGGAUCAACUGUGGGUGCACAACAUGCUGGGUGAGGUCAGCACUAAGAACAUCUGCGUAGACUACGCUGGUGAUGCUGCGCUUCAAAUGAUACAUUGCCACAAAGGAAGAGGUAACCAGGAGUGGAGGUAUUCGAAGUUGAAUAAACAAUUUACUCACGUGCGGCACAAUAAAUGCUUGGCUGUUAGUGCGAAUGCCGUUCGGAAACUGCUAGUAGAACCGUGCGAUUCUAAUAAGGCAACGCAACGAUGGGAAUUUCCGUUUCUGGAUUUGGAAUAAAUUUUGUAAAACUUUCAGAACUCUUGCUAAUUUUGUUUACAGUUUUACAACGGUGAUCUAUGAAACUCUGUAUUAGAGUGGUUCCUUUUGGGACCCCAUACAAGCCUAAACUUACCGGAAGUCGAUUGGUUUUGUCUCCGCUUGGCGCAUUGCAUUUCAAAUUUGUAUGGAAAUUUAUAUGUGACAACCUAUUUUGCAUUUACCCUUCUAGAAAGCUCAAUAAUGAUCUAAUAUUGCACAACAUUAUAUAUAAAAGUAUAGUAUUUUAGAUGCCUAAUAACUUUGCAGAAGGCACUAGAAAGCUAGGAUGUUCCUAAGAAGAGCAAAAGCUGUUUAAAGUUGAGUAUGUCGAUUUAAAUGAAGAAAAUCUUGUUUUUUGCUAACAUUACCAGGGUGGCUUACAACGUGUUUCAGAGGUUACUUCUAAUGGAAAUCUGACUAACGCCGGUACACUGGCAGUGUUAGCAGAAAAAUGAUUUGCAACAUAAAUUUCGACAUACUCAACUUUGAACAGCUCUAGUAUUUUUUGGCACACCCUAGCUCUUUAGUGUCUCCGGCCAAGUUGAUAGGCAUAAAAAAACCUACCAUUUGAAGUCAUGAAACCUAUGGUUUGAGCCAUUUUGAGCUCUUUAGAAUGGAAAAUGCAAAAAAGUUGAUUUUUCCAUACAAAUCUCCAUAUAAAUUUGAAAUGCAAUGUGCCAAGCGGAGACAAAAUCACUCGACUUCCGAUAAAUUUAGGAUUGUUUGGGACUCCGAAUAGAAUAAAAAAACUUGGUUCUGGCUUUCUGCUAUCAAGUUUCGUUUUUUCCAUAUAAGGAUUCCCCACCCUACUCUGCAUGCUUUUCUUUUUACACUAAUAAUCGUUGUGAUCAUGACUUAUUUUCGCGAAAAAUCAGUCAAAAAAGAAUUGAGAAUUGCCUCGAAAGUAUAAUUCGUCGUGAAAUAACGGUUUUCAUUUUGUUUUUUUUUUUUUAGUUACAGCUCAACGGCGUGUGUUGAACUGUGCACCAGUGUUGUCAGCACAGCCCUAAAAUAUUUAUAUCGAAAACACGUAAUACUUUUAUCAUAUUUUAAUUAUACAUAAAAAACAAAAUAAGACGCAUGUUAUGACAUAAUUUUGUUAGUUUUUUUUAUGGAAAUACUAUCCAAUAACAUAUACAUCUUUAAAGAGUGCUGCCAAUUGCCGGUUGAGUUUGUGCAUUAUUAAUGAAAUUCUAUACGCAAUUAUUCAAAAAUAACAACCUCUAAUCAAAAUAUGAGAUUGAAGACGCAAAGCAUCAAAAGCUGAUGACGUAAUUUAGCAUCGAAAACAUGCAAAAGUUCAUGGCCAGUUGAUAAGCGAACGUUGGCCACAACCCGGGGAAUGAUUGUUAAAUGAGAGCAAGAGUAAAACUCCCAAUCAUCCCAUCCCACUAUAAGUCGGAUCUGUAGAACGUAGUUCUUCGAUCACGGACAGGUUACAAAGUGGACAAUUCUCCGACAGA